UUUUUAUAGAAUCAUAGAAAGAAAAUUUGGACACGCAUCUACCCGUGACCAUCCCCUGCCGGCUUUCUUACAUGUUCGAUAAUGACAAAAGUACCCUCACUAUUUGCGUCUUUAACUCCCGCCGAACGAGGACAUAACCGUCCAUACAGUCGAUUUUUCUCUCUCUCCGUUUCCUUCUCUCUCUAAAAAUGGUUUCUGUAUUUGUAUAACUUCCGAACUGCCGGCGAGUCUCUCGGUCGUACUCCUUUUCACCCUCUCCACUCUUCUCUUCCAACUGAUUCCUCUAUUCCUACUAUAAACCCCUGAAGAUUUGAUUUAGUUUUUUUCGAUUGAAUUGGUUGAAUUAUUUGUAUGGCGUCGUCGAAGGUGAUGGCAUCAUCAUCGCCGGCGAAUCAGGAUCUACAACGUCAUCAAGCAUUCGGUCUCACCGAUCACAACAGCAAUUUAAUUUCAAUGAAUAUGGACGAUCUCCUUAAGAACAUUUACGAGGAUUCGCGUCAGGCGCCGGGUAGUUUUCCCGCCGGUGCUGGUGGUGGAAAGACGAUGGAUGAAAGGUUAAAGGAGAUCGUGGAUGGAAGUGUCGGUGAUCCAGAGAUGACUCUAGAGGAUUUUCUGACGAAGGCCGGAGCUGUUAGGGAGGAGGAUGUAGUGAAAUUGCCGCCGGUAUCUGCCUCGGCGGUCAUUUCGGAAUAUCCUGGAGUUGUUGAUCCGAUUAUAUGUGGCGGUGCCGGUGCCGGUGCCGGAGCUGGGGCUUCUUUUCAAGUCAUGCCUCAGCAACACAUGCAAUUUGGGAGUGCGAUUGGUACAAGUGCGGGAACAAGCGGCGGUGGGAGAGGUAAGAGGAAGGUUGUGGUGGAAGAUCCGCCGGUUGACAAGGCAACGCAGCAGAAACAGAGAAGGAUGAUCAAGAACAGAGAAUCGGCUGCAAGGUCCAGGGAGCGAAAGCAGGCUUACACAGUCGAAUUAGAAGCUCUGGUAACUCAAUUGGAAGAAGAACAUGCAAAAUUGUUAAAAGAAGUGGAUGAACUGAACAAGGAGAGGCUUAAACAGCUCAACUGUCACCCAAAUGAGAAGACCCUCAAUACCAUAUUAUGAAAUGCAAUCUCAAAAAACUAAUGCAGAAUCUGGUGCCGGUUUUGGAGAAGAGAAGGCCACCAAGAGUACUUCGAAGAACUAAUUCGAUGUGAAAUUAGGGUUUAUUUGUUAAUUUUUAAAGUUUACAAUUAAAAUGAAAAACAUAGGGUUUGUUCUUGUUCUCUUGGUUCACCCAUUUGUAAAGAGUGGUGGAAAAAGACCCAAGUUAUCUUUUGUGCAUACUUGUUAGGGGCCAAAAAGCUGAUAUACCCUCCUCCCUCGACUAAUUCAUAUGUAUUUUCACUACUAAUACUUAAUGUUUUUCAUAUCCACUAAACUUACAAAUCUUGUUUUUUAUUUCA